AAAUGAAAAUCCCAUCACCAUUACUACUAAUCACCCUCACACUAAUCCUCUCCAUCACUAAUCCAUCUCACCAACAAAAACCCUACUUCCCAAACCCUAGACUCUCCAAUGCCUUGAUAGCCCUCCAAGCUUGGAAGCACACCAUCACCGAUGACCCCAAAAACAUCACCGCCACGUGGCACGGCCACGACGUCUGCUCCUACACCGGCGUCUACUGCGCCCCCGCCCCCGACGACCCCCACACCACCACCGUGGCCGGCAUCGACCUCAACCACGCCCGACUCUCCGGCACGCUCCCCGAGGAGCUCGGCCUACUAACCGACCUCGCGGUCUUCCACCUCAACUCCAACCGCUUCAAGGGCACCCUCCCCGCCUCCUUCCGCCACCUCCGCCUCCUCUACGAGCUCGACGUCAGCAACAACUUACUUUCCGGCGACUUUCCGGCGGUCGUCCUCUGCCUCCCGGAGCUCAAAUUCCUCGACCUCCGGUACAACAAAUUCUCCGGCGACGUCCCCGACGAGCUAUUCGACCUGAAACUCGACGCGCUCUUCAUAAACAACAACCGCUUCAAGCUCAACCUGCCGAAAAACCUCGGGAACUCGACGGUUUCCGUGUUGGUCAUCGCGAACAACGACAUCCGGGGGUGCCUGCCCGCGGGGAUCGGGAAGAUGGCGGCGACGCUGAACGAGAUAAUCCUGAUGAACGCCGGCCUCCGCGGCUGCUUGCCGGAGGAGAUCGGGGAGCUGACGAAGCUGACGGUUUUCGACGUGAGCGAGAACGACCUCGUCGGGAGCCUGCCGGAGUCGAUGGGGAAGAUGAAGAGCCUCGAGCAGCUCAACGUCGCCGGAAACAGGCUCUCCGGCCAGAUUCCGGCGAGCAUCUGCACGCUGCCGCGCCUCGAGAACUUCACUUACUCCGAUAACUACUUCUGCGGCGAGGAUCACUCUUGCUUGAAGCUCAAGGAUAAAGAUGACACCAAAAAUUGCAUUCCUUAUCGACCUAAGCAACGCUCUUCACAAGAAUGUCAUGAUUUCUAUUCACACCCCGUCGAUUGCGGCUCCUUUGGCUGCUCACGGCGAAGUCCUCCGCCACCUCCUCCUCCGCCGCCGCCACCGCCGCCACACCACUACUAAUCUACUAUCUAUGAUCACUUUUUUUUUUACUGUUUUUUACUUUUUUAUGAAUAAUUUGACAAGAAAAGAAGAAACAAUAACGUGAUUAUUGGAAUGUUAAAUUGUUAAUCAUUUGUGACAUGUAAGAUAUGAUUGAUUUGGACCAUUUGGUUUAAUUGUGAUACUACCAAUUUUGUGUUGGUGAGUGAUGUUUGCAA